AUGCCACCCCCACUCACAACCACGCACGCGAACGCGGGGGCGCCGGUCUCGCCGCCUGAGCGCGGUGCGGCAGACGACGGCGGCCCUAGCGUGGCAGACGGGGCAUCAGGGCGCCGCGUCAUCAAAAUAGAGGGCUGCGGGCUGCUGGAGACGCCUGGGAUGCCGCUGGGCUCCGGCGCGCCGCGCCAGGUCGCCGCGCGCAGCAGCGCGGACCCCCUGGCGCCCGCUGGGCGCGUCGCGCGGCGGCUGCUGGACCCGAUCCCUGGCCGCGAUGGCGACGGGCGCGCGCGGCCGUCACCGCAGCAGCAGCAGCAGCAGCAGCAGCCGCCAUCAAUUGCGUCCGCCUCCGCUCGCGGAAAUGAAAGCGGCAAGGCCGCGUGCCCGCUUGGCGUGGGUGGCGGCGGCGAGGCGGGCGUGCCGCGGGCCAGUGUGCCGCCUGUCGGGCCCAAGAACGGCGCCGCGGGCGGAAGACUGGGCGGCAGCGGGAUGGAAGAGGCUGGACAGGAGGAGGAGGAGGAGGGGCAGGAGAAGAAAGGGGAGGAGGAAGAGGAGGGGCACCAGGAGGAGGAGGUGGAGGGAACGAGGGACGCCUGCAGCGGAGGCGGCAGCGACGGAUGCAAGGCAAGGCAAGCUGUUCAAGUGGCGGCGGGCCGCGGGGCGCGGGGGUCGUCGAGGGGGUUUGGGGCUGAAGGGCAUGAGGCGGCGGGGAUGGAGGUCCAGCGGCGAGACGGCGGCCCGGAGGAAGACGAACGGACGGGCGGGGUGCAGGGGGGGAUUCAGCAUUUGGAGGCAGAGCAGCAGCAGCAGCAGCAGCCAGUGCAGCAGCAGCAGCAGCCAGUGCAGCAGCAGCAGGGGCAGGAGCAGCAGGAGCAGGAGCAGCAGCAGCAGGAGCAGCAGGAGCAAGAGCAGCAGCAGCAUCAGGAGCAAGAGCAGCAGCAGCAGCAGCAGCAGCAGCAGCAGCAGCAGCAGCAGCAGACUCCGAGGCCGUCGCGGCGGCGCAAGGAGUGCGACGACAUCGCGCGGUGGAUGCUGCCCGACGGAUGGCUGUCCUUGGACCGGCGCCCGGUGCUUUCGUCCCACCUUGCUAUGCUGUCCAUUGCAACCCCCAUAGCCGAUAGCCUCCUGCGCUCCCUCGGCCUCGACCUGCCGCCCGCCCCCCACGCGCCGCCCGACGGCGCCACUGCCGAUGCAAGCGGCCGCACGGGCGCCGCGGCGGCGCCGGGCGGCGCGGCGGUCACGGUGAGGGUGCUGCGGGCCGGCGGCGCCCCGGCGGGGCUGGCGGGCGCCGCAGCCGCCGCGUGCCGGCUCGGGUUUUCGAAGAACGGGUAUCGGCUGACCGGCCUGCGGCCGCUGCUGCGGGGGCUGGAUGGCGGCGCGCACCGGAUGGAAGCCGUGCGGGCGGCGGGCGGGGAGAUUGAGAUCCGGGUGGGGCUGCGGCCGGAGGGCGAGACGGCGGCGGCGGCGGAGGGGGCGAGCGGUGGUGCAGUGAAGCUAGAGGAAGGUGGGGGCAGCGGGGCGGCGGCGCCGGCCGCGCCCCACGGGCGUCUGACAGGAGGCCCGUCCAGCGGCGGCGCGGCCGGGCCCGGCGGCGCCGGCACGCACGCGCCGAGCCCCAUCCGGCGCAUUGCAGACUGGGAGAGCGGCCACUCGGCCGCGACUGCCGCGCCCGCCGCGCCCAAUCGCCCGUCAAGCGCCGCGCCGCCCGCCAAGCGCCAACGAGCUGAGGCUGGCGCGGCCGCAGCCGCCGAGGGCGGGGGCAGCGGCGGGGGCGGGGGCGGCGAGGACGACAACAGGCGCGUCGAGACGCCGCUGCCCGCAACCGACGAGCUGUGGAAG